GAAAGACUCUGAUGUUAACGGUGUUGGGGACGUGUGUGAGAACGACUUCGAUAACGAUGCCGUGAUGGAUUUAGUAGACGUUUGUCCGGAGAGCGCAGAGGUCACUCUCACAGACUUCAGAGCCUAUCAGACGGUGAUCCUGGACCCAGAGGGCGACGCCCAGAUCGACCCCACCUGGGUGGUUCUUAACCAGGGGAUGGAGAUAGUCCAGACGAUGAACAGUGACCCUGGUUUAGCUGUUGGCUACACGGCGUUCAACGGCGUCGACUUCGAGGGAACGUUUCACGUCAACACAGUGACCGACGACGACUAUGCCGGCUUCAUCUUCGGGUACCAGGACUCGUCCAGUUUCUACGUGGUGAUGUGGAAACAGACAGAGCAGACGUACUGGCAGUCCGUCCCCUUCAGAGCCACGGCCCAGCCGGCCCUGCAGCUCAAGGUCUCUACUGGGUUCUACUGUGUUCUACUGGGUUCUUCUGUUCUGAGCCAUGGCCCAGCCGGCCCUGCAGCUCAAGGUCUUUACUAGGUUCUACUGGGUUCUACUGUUCUGAGCCAUGGCCCAGCCAGCCCUGCAGCUCAAGUUCUCUACUUUAUUAUUUAAUUGUACUUGACCUGACUGUGGGUCAUGUGUUGGUUUAAAUCUGAAGCUGAUCAGUACAUUUAAGUAUAUUUAAUAUUAGUGCUGGGCAAGUUAAGGCAUUAUUAUCACGUUAACGCAUUCAUUUAUUAACGCCAACAAUUAUGCAACAUUAUGCAAUUAACAGCUGUUUAAACAGCUGUUCGUGUGGCGUCUCCUCUGUCUCUUCCUGUUUCCUUCACCUACAUUCCCCUGGGUCCUAAGU